UAACGGUCCGCCGAGUUCAACUUCACCGCCUGAGGCCUCUUAGAGCACAGAUUAAGGAUCAGAUAUGUGUUCUUAUAAUUAUCAUUAUUGUACCUCAGUAUAGUUAAACAAUGUUGUAUCAACCGGCAACUCAGAACGUUUUGAAUUUGAGGAGUGCAGUGAGACCAGAGGUGCUGUGUGGACUGGUUAUACUGGGACGGAGAGACCGAGUGGACUGGUUAUGUUGUGCUUUGAGAAGUUGAACCUGCAGCAGAUUGGGGAGGACUUCGCUGGCAGAAUGCCGGGGAGGAGGACACGAGCCAGACAGGUGUGAGUCUGUGAACAUGGAUGGACGCGUUUUGUGAAGAUGGGUCGCACAGAGAGACGCACGCAUGGAUGGAUGGAUGGAGGAACAUGUAAAUCGUGACGACCUUGGACCUAACUAUCCGCAACGCUUGCCAAGAGACUGGAGUCUGUGAUCGCAACACCUCCUCAGCUUCUGCAGGAGGGCAUGAAGUGCAAGCGCGAGUGACAGGCAGCGUGAGCCAAUGAGCUUCACGGCGGACCCGGCUCUAGUCCCAGACCGGGACAGACUCCCGCUCAAAAAGAGGGACCAAAGGCCGAGCUCACCGCCGCCGCCGCAGCAGCAGCAGUGUGAUGCUGCGACAUUCAAGGCGCCCUACCCUUACAAGAGCCAUGGGGAAUUUAAGACGAAGCACACGGGCCCUUUCCAGCCCGUUCCGAGACGGGUUCCUGCGCUGUACCAGCCCUGGAUGCAGACUCACUCAUCCACCAGGUCCAAACCUCACGACCUCUCUGCGUUCAGGGAUCAUCAUGGCUGGGCGGAGUGGAGAGAGUUCAACCCCCUGCACCCCGGAUGGGCCUUUUCUCACCACUAUCAGCACCACUUGUCUGGCACACCUGCGCUCCACCUGGGCCACCCGCACCACCCUUCCAGGUUCAGCCCCGUUUCCCUGGUUACGGAGGGUUUCCAAAGGGUGGGUGGAGGGUAUGGCUGGGAGCAGCUCAAGACAUUAAGGGACAAGAGUUUUAUCGCAGAGAGGCAGAGCAACGGGAGGAAUAAAGGGCCAUAUGUGAGGAGAAGAGACAGAAAAGUUGAGUUUUUUCCCAGGGUUGAAAAAAGUCCUCCAUCACUGAGCACAUGCCUACCUCACUCUCCACACGAGGACCUGCAAUACGAUGCGUCGCACAAAUCAGCAAAGGUUGCCAAACAUCCCGCUUCCUUCAUAAGAGUUUCCUCCGACGAAAUCUCAAGCAACACCUCCACGAAGGAGGACGCAUCAAGAUCUUCUGCUCUCCCCUCCUCUGGGCAGGCCUCUUCUUCUUCUUCCUCCUCUUCCUCUCCGAACCGUUUCCCCUGGCUGCUCCCUCACUUCGUGGCCGGCUCUCUGAUCGAGCUCAGAGACGGGCGGCUGAGGAGGGUGGAACACCUGCAGACGGAGGACUUCCUGCUGGGAUCACAGGCCUGUCCAGACCUGCGCCUGAGCUGCUGCACGGUGCAGAACAUCUCACCUUCAGCAUCCUCCUCCUCCACGAUCUCGCGACUCCUCAUCCUGCUUCACGACCAGCAGUCCCAGGAGUUGGUGGACGUCUACGUGGAGUACCCGUUCUUUGUGCGUGGGAGGGGCUGGUCUUCCUGCAGCCCUCAGAGGACCGCCCGUCUCUGUGGACUGCACUGCCGCCAGCUCAGUGUGGGGGACAUCUGCCUGGCUCUCACCCCUAUCACAGCCCCCCAGCCUCCACCGUCAGCCUCCCUGGAGCCAAAAACCUCACCCAGUGAGUCAGAGAGGGGGUGUGAGUCCCUGAAGGCACCACAACCCCGGCUUCCCCCAGAGGGGCCAGAACGGCUGGCAGGGGGGCAGAAGAAGGAGGCAGAGGCGGUCCGCAGGAGACACUAUUCGGCCCCUGAGCUGAGAGGUCCAGGGACUAACUGCAUGUAGGGAGGACGGUUGCUGUUUUAAGGAGAGGAAGCAUGUCGAUCUCUUUUAAGCUCUGCUAUAUUCAGCCUAUAUUUGCUGUCUUUCUACCUCCUAUCUCUGUGCUUGACUGUCGUUUCUUAAUUGUAUCUUAAGGAGUAAAAGCUAAAGAGGAAGAAUAAGAAACUCUCAGGAAGGUAAACUUAUAUUAGCAUAUUAGUCAGGGUAAGUUAGGGAUCAAACUCUGACUAUGUGAGUUACUUGAUCUAUGAUAACACAGAAUUCAGAUCUUACCAUGUGAGAGAACUCAGGCUAUGUAACACAUCUUUGUGAGAGAACCAAAGCUGUUUCAGUGACGGUGAAUUUGAGAAAGAUCCUGUAGGCUCAAAGAAUAUUGUUUUGGUUUUAUGGCGUGUUUCAAAGUGUUCAUAUUAUUUCAAGCAGUUCUGACUAAAUCAGCCCACGUUCCUUGAAAAGCACAGAAGAAUACUCCCUCAGGUCCUUCGCUGCUGAUCAUAUCGUUCACAGUUCUAUCUCCUCCGCCUAAUAUUACGUAAGACCUCUUUAUGAUCAUUAAUGAAAGCUUUCAUUCCAAAUUACUGCAUAUCCUUAAUGCCAGAAACAUUGACAAUCAACGCCACUUCUGAUUGCGUCAGCAGGAUUAAGUUUUACGCUUCUACCUCUAUUUUCUAUUUAAGGUGACAGAUGCAUAAUAUAAUGUGUGUUUUUAACGGUGUGGGCUGUGUUGUGAUACGCUACGUUGGAAGCUCUCCGCUUCUCGGUGAAUGUCAGCGUGAAUGCCUAUAUUUGCCUGGUUGUUACAGUAUAUAGCUGCUUUGCUUUUUGUACCGACGCUCCUUUUUAAAUGUCCGUCCUCGUUGUUUAAGAGUGGAGACGCUUGUGCCAUUCAGAGUACUUUAAAAGCACAAUCUGUGAUUGGUGUAUGGCGCCAUAUGUCAGCACUGCAAUGUGAUUUCCUCCUGAGUAUACAUUUCGACAAAACAAUUAAAUUGUACACGAUGGAAAUGUAGACCGAGUGGACUCAACUAUGAUGUCACAGCAGACGAGGCGCUGUACACAUGAAAAGGUGUAUGAAUGACACGAUGACGCCCGAGGCAUUUAGUGUGCAAUAAGAAGGCCUUUCUUGCUUUUGGCGUGUCAUUGGUACGCCUCGUAGUCUAGACCUGUACUGAGAGUAAAAAUGCUAAGAGUAGAGUUAGGGUCGUGUCUAGAAAGUAACACGGAAAUUGCGAAACUAGGCAGGUUAGGCAUUGACCUCGAAUGACCUAGAGUUAGUGAAGUAGAAUAAAAAGCGAGAAAGACCACGUAUGGCGGGCGGGAGAGGAGGCGUAAGAGCACAGGCGCAGUUUGUGUUGGUUCAGGGAACUCACUGAACUCCCUAGAAAUGCAUCUAUAUUUUUUUUAUAAUAACCUAGAACUAAUAGUUUAUUGUAAUGAUGAAUAAUGUCGACCUUGUGUCUUCAUAUUGACAGAAUAAUGUGGUAUUUUUAUUUACUUAUAGCCUAAUAACAUCAGACACUCUCUGUCCAUGCACCGUCAAAUAUGCACUUAUUUUACGCCAUGUAAACAAACCACGUACCUAUCAGCUGUUUGGUCAAGAUCAGACAAGAGACGUAACCACUUAAAAGAUGGGUGGGUAGUACUUGCUCUCUUUUUAAACAGAAAACAGUUUUUUUACUGCGAUAUUUACUGAAAAUGAUACAAUACAGCAAACAGUAGUCUAAGUAAACUUUCAGGUUCCUGGUGAUCUCACUCCAGCCAGCUGUCACCUUAUUUAGGUGUUUGUAGUGAAAUGUAGUGAUAAUUCUUCAUUUCAAUUUCACCAAUCAGCUGUUCCUUGUCCGUUUGAAUAAGGAAUAAAUAUAAACUGGGCAUCUGAUAAAAGUUCACCUCAAAACAUCGUGCUGCGCUUCGUCGCUCGCGGACAGUUAGUUCAUUCCAAUAGAAAACACUGCAGUCAAACUGAUUUUGUCACCUAUGCUUGCUCGCGUCACAUUCUGUUUGGAGGGUGUAAUAUGUAGACUACACGCAUCCCAAUACAUUAGACCUCUCUGUGUUGUACACAUUACAUUCCCUCUAGAUUUUUUUUGUGAACCCCCAACCUUAAAGUUCAAACUGCGCGUAUGAGUCCAACAAACACAGGACAUUCAAGAGACAGAUGUUGGAGACCGAUGUUUUGUUACGCUAGUGACGUGUUUUUCAUACUUAUGUUAAGUUGUUUCGUACGUAUUCUACUUAGUUUGCGUUCUUAUUUUAAGCCCAACCAUGACAAAAGUGAGUGGUUUUGUUGCCUCAACCUCUUGCCUCUUGCAUGGCGUACAAAUGACACACAAAAGGCCUAAAAUGCGUCCUCAUGACAUGCGGCGUGUCCUUGUAAUGUUGUGCUAUUCAUACGCCUUCCCGUGAGACCGGGUUGUGUACACACAGAUUGGGUCUUAACCUUGUGAAACAGUUUUCUCACUGUUAUAAUAAAUGUCUGUAAAG